ACAGCACAGAGAGUUUCCCACCUUCACUGAGGGCUUCUUUCACAUUUGGUAUUUUCACAUGUUUAUUAAUAAACAUGGCUUCAAAAUCAUCAGUGUCAGAAGAGGAUUACUUCUGUCCUGUGUGCUGUGAAAUCUUCAGGGAUCCUGUUGUCCUGUCCUGUAGCCACAGUGUCUGUAAAGAUUGUCUGCACAAGUUCUGGGAACAAAAGCAUUCUACUGAAUGUCCAGUCUGCAGGAGAAGAUCCUCAAAACUUGAACCUCCUGCAAACCUAGCUUUAAGGAACCUGUGUGAGUCUUUCUUACAGGAGAAAAGUCAGAGAACUUCAGCAGGGUCUGAGGAGUUCUGCAGUCUGCACAGUGAGAAACUCAAACUCUUCUGUCUGGAUGAUAAACAGCCUGUGUGUUUGGUGUGUCGGGAUUCAAAAAAACACACAAACCACAAAUUCAGGCCAGCUAAUGAAGCUGCAGGUGAUAGGAGGGAGGAACUCAAGACUGCACUGAAACCCCUACAGGAGAAACUGAAGAUCUUUAAAAAAGUCAAACUGUCCUGGGAUCAAACGGCAGAGUACAUUAGGUCUCAGGCGAAACACACAGAGAGACAUAUUAAAGAGGAGUUUGAGAAGCUUCAUCAGUUUUUACGAGAUGAAGAGGCAGCUAGGAUAGCUGCACUGAGGGAGGAAGAGGAGCAGAAGAGUCAGAUGAUGAAGGAGAAGAUUGAGGAGAUGAGUACAGAGAUAAAACACCUUUCAGACAAAAUCAGAGCCAUAGAAGAGGAGAUAAAAUCUGAAGACAUCUCAUUCCUGAAGAACUUUGAAGCCACAAAGAAUAGAGCCCAAUGCACACUGCAGGAUCCAGAGAUGGUUUCAGGAGCACUGAUCCAUGUGGCCAAGCACCUGGGCAACCUGAAGUUCAGAGUCUGGGAGAAGAUGCAGGAGAUUGUUCAAUACACUCCUGUCAUUCUGGACCCCAACACUGCAGAACCACGACUCAUCCUGUCUGAGGAUCUGACCAGUGUGAGAUUCAGUGAUGAGAGACAGCAGCUUCCUGAUAAUCCAGAGAGAUUUGAUACAUGUGCUUUUGUCCUAGGCUCUGAGGGUUUUAACUCAGGGACACAGUGCUGGGAUGUUGAUGUGGAGAAUAACACAGAGUGGAGUGUGGGUGUGGCCACAGAGUCAGACCACAGGAUGCAAGAGGGAGUCUUUGAUGGAAUCUGGCGUUUGUGGUGCUGGAACGGGAAAUAUCGGUCAUGCUCCCCAGGACAGUCAGGGACUCGCAUCAGAUUUAAUAAGAAACUCCAGAGGAUCAGAGUGCAGCUGGACUGGGACAGAGGAAAAGUGUCAUUUUCUGACCCUCUUACCAACACACACAUACACACUUUCACACACACUUUCACUGAGAGAAUGUUUCCAUUCCUCUGCAAUGUCUGUAAUCUCUCUCCUCUGAGGAUCUUACCAGUGCAGUGUUGUGUCAGAGUGGAAGAGCACAGUUAGAGCUGAAACUGUCCGUGGAUGAACUCAGAUCAGACAACACGUCAUUUUGUUCAAGAAAUCAUCACAUACAUUAUGCAGAACUGAUUAAAAGUAUA